AUGUCCUCCCCAUCCCUGCACCCCCUCCUCGACAACGGCAUCAGCCAAGGAAAACCCAACUUCCCCGGCGGGAAACUCCACUGCCACUGCGCGACGCCCGCCAACCGCGUCGAAGUAACCCUGACCUCCGACGUCCUCCACAACCACGCCUGCGGCUGCUCCAAGUGCUGGAAGCCCUCGGGCUCGCUGUUCUCCGUCGUCGGCGUGAUUUCGUCCUCAAACCUCUCGAUCACAGCCAACGCGUCCAAGCUGGAAAUCGUCGACAAGAGCGCCCCGAUCCAGCGGUACGCGUGCAGGGAGUGCGGCGUCCACCUGUUUGGGCGCAUUGAGGUCGACCAUCCGUUCAAGGGGCUGGACUUUGUGCAUGUGGAGCUCUCCGAGGGGAAGGGGAAGGAGGGCUGGCAGGGUGUGCAGUUUGCCGGCUUCGUGAGUAGUCUUAUUGGGCAGGGGCUGGAGCCGGAACUUGUUCCUGGGGUUAGGGAGAGGUUGAGGGGGUUGGGGCUUGAGAGUUAUGAUGCGUUGAGCCCGGCGCUUAUGGAUGCGAUUGCGACGUGGAAUGCGAAGAAGGAGGGGGUUGUGUUUCGGUCUUCGCUUUAG